AAAUACCCCGCCGCGAGUGACAUCCCGCUAUAGCUAAUCCCCGGCCGUCCCAUCUCCUCUCACACAGGCGGCGCGCCGGCCGCCGCAGGGAGGAGGAUAGGAGGACGGUGAGUUUGGAUCGGUUCAUGGGGAGAGCGCCGUGCUGCGAGAAGGACGGUCUGAAGCGGGGCGCGUGGAGCCCCGAGGAGGACCAGCGGCUGGCCGACUACAUCGCUCGGCAUGGCCACCCCAACUGGCGCGCCCUCCCCAAGCACGCAGGGCUUCUGCGGUGCGGGAAGAGCUGUCGCCUGCGGUGGGUCAACUACCUCAGCCCGGACAUCAAGCGGGGCAACUUCACCGCCGACGAGGAGGACCUCAUCAUCCGCCUCCAUCAGACCCUCGGCAACAGGUGGUCCGUGAUAGCUGCGCAGCUGCCCGGGCGCACUGACAACGAGAUCAAGAACGUCUGGCACUCGCACCUCAAGAAGAGGCUGGAGGACGGCCUGAAGCCAGCCGCCGAUCACGACGCCGGCGGCAGUGGCCGGCAGAAGUCACGCAAGCAGGCCAAGGCUAGGAGCGCCACCGUCGACGCUCGUAAGCGGCAGACGUCGCCGCAGGGGCAGUCGAGCAGCAGCUUGACGUGCUCCACGGUGACCGAGUCGGCGGCGGCGGUGUCAUCCUCGCCGAGCGAUAACGCCACCAUCACAGGAGCGAGCCACGGCCACCAGCUCGUGAAAGAGGACACCUCCAGCUCGGAGGCGGUCACUGACAACAGCUUCUUGUCUUCAACAGACGUGACGGGAAUGAUAGACCUCGGUGCCACGGACGAGGAUCUGAGCCUGGCGAUGAGCUCAUCAUCGAACUGGAGCGAUGACCAGGACUUCUGGAUCAAGAUGCUGCAGGAGGGCGGAGACAUAAUAGACUUGCCAGAGUUGUAACAGUUGGAAAUUAAGCUUGAUUAGCUACAGUACUGUGGUUUUUUCUCCUCUUUUUACCUCCCUUCUUCGGGUGAGAAAUUGAGGCGCCUUCACCUUCUUGACGAGGGAAACAGAAUCAAUACCAGUCGGCAGUCGCAACCAUUUUUUUUAUCUACCAUAAGAAUAAAUCAGAUGCAGCGGUAUUACCCA